CUUCCCAACAAAACCACUUUCCUAAUCUCUCUCUCACUCUACAUUUCUCUCUCAACCUAUACAUACACAUACAUACAUACAUAUAAAUUCGCACACACCGCACACCCUCACUCUCACACACACUUUCUUUGUUCUGAAGUUAUCUUGUUUUAGGUGUGCCUUCGGAAACCCUUCCGUGAAACAACACUCCCAACUAUUCUUGCUUCGUCAUCGCGUGGCUUUGUUGUGAAAUUGUGGAGGUGAUUAUUUAUUAUCUGGGGCUUAUCACGGGUAAAUUUGAGUACUUUAUCUCAAAGAGGGUUUUAUUGUUUAAGAAUAAAAGAUUUGGAGGUCAAGGUCUCAUGAGAAUUGUUAGGGGAAUGCAGAAAUUGAUUCGCGAGGAUCAGAGCUUAGUGGGCUGGAACAACAAAUCACUUAACCGUGGAAUUGGUGUGACUGCUCCCAAGGCAAGAACGCGCGACAAAUUGAAACGGGCAGCUUUAUAUCUCUAAUUUUGGGUGAAAAUAAGGCAAUAAAAGUUUUCUAUCUGCAGUUUGAAGAAGAGGGGAAAUAAUGACUCGGAUUUUAGUGCAGCGAGGUUCUGCUGGUUCGUCGUCAUCAUCUAACCAAAACCGAUCAUCAACAUCAGUAUCAGUGGCUGGUCCUUCUUCUACUUCAUCUUCACCACAGCAGCAGGUUACUGGAAUUGCACAAGUUGUUUCAGCAGUAAAAGAUGAUAAUUUGGUAGAAGAAGUGCAUGAGCAGAUUGUUGCAGAUGAGUUAUCAGAGUAUUGUGGUGUUUCAGACAGCAAAAGUGAGGGAAAGAAAAGUGAGGAUCUUUCUCUAGGAAGUCCAGACAGUGAUCAACAUGGAGGUGAAAAAAUUGUGGAGGAUGAAAAGGUGCACAAUGAUGCUGUGGUGGGUUCUCCAAAUUUGGUUAAAGGAUUUGGGGGAAUGCCAGUCAUGGAGGAGGAAAAUGAUGCAACAGUUGGAAGUUCUUUCCAGAUGGUUACUGGCAGUUCGUAUCCACCACCACCUCCUGUGCCACCUCCAAAGCUCUCGUCACCUAUCUCAAGUUUUAGGAGGGUUUCAUCUGGGGACUUGAAUACAGUGCGAAUAGGGUCAUCUAGGAGACCUGCUGGUUGGCCUGGUGUAUCAAUAAGGUCAUCACCAACUGCAUCCCGUCCAUCUUCACCUCGAUCACAUUGUGAGGGUGAUGGAUAUAACAGCGCUGAUGAGCAGAGCCCAUGCUUUAGUUCAUCCUAUGAUGAUGCGGAAAGAGAACACCAGUUUGAGAUUGAUUUAAGACGGGUUAAAGGCUUGGAAGUGAGAAAAAUGCUAGAGGAUGGGAACUGUCUUUUUCGUGCUGUUGCAGAUCAAGUAUAUGGUGACUCUGAACUAUAUGAUUUGGUUAGGCAGAUGUGCAUUGACUAUAUGGAGCGAGAAAGGGACCACUUCUCACAGUUUAUAACAGAGGGUUUUACUUCCUAUUGUAAGAGGAAGAGAAGAGAUAAGGUUUAUGGAAAUAACAUGGAGAUACAGGCUUUAUCAGAGAUGUAUAAUCGACCUAUUCAUAUAUAUUCUUACAGCACAGAACCUAUCAAUAUAUUCCAUGGAAGCUAUAAUACCGACACACCUCCUAUUCGGCUGAGCUACCACCAUGGAAAUCAUUAUAACUCCCUUUUUGAUCCACGGCGACUGGCUAUUGGUGCUGGACUUGGAUUUAGCUCUCUCCAGGGGACAAAUGUUGAUAAGGAUCAGGUAAAAGCAGCUAUCAAAGCUCAACAAGAUCAACAGAUUGAUAAUGCACUUCUUGCCGAGGGGCGCUUCUACUCUGAUCUUGAACUAACUGAGAAGGAAAUUGAGCGCAUGGUAAUGGAAGCUUCAAGGGCUGAGUAUCUCGCUGAUGACAAGUUCAAGCAACAACUUGGUCCUAGGGAGUCAUCAACUUCCAGAGCUGAACCUUCAUCUUCUGCAGCCACAGGGUCAUCAGGAAGUGAUGCUCGGCAAGGAGGAGGGCGUGAGUCUGGCUCGCCUGGUUCAGCUCUGAGUGGCAGCAUGCAGAUCAUGUUGUCUAUGGGAUUCAGCUAUCUGCAGGUGAUGGAGGCUUACAGUAUUUUUGGGGACGAUGUGGAUUCAAUGGUCUGCUACUUAAUAGAAACAAGCAGUAACGGCAGACGUAAAGGCAAGGCAGCGGAAUGAUGAAAACCCCUGCGCCACCGCAUGGCUUUUGAAUGUCGUUUACCAAAACAGCCUGUAUAACUUUUGACAUGCUAUCUUUUACCUGUGAGAGGAAAAACUCAAUAAAGAUGAGCAUAUCUGAUUUCCCUCAAGUUUACAUCUGCAUCUUGGUUUAAUGGUACUGCUGUUCUAUGCAUGUAUUAUGAACAAUAUAUGUAUGAGAUGUGGUUCCUGGCUGGUGUGAGUGAGUCAUUUAUUAAUAGCUUGGCAUAGGCA